ACCACACGAGAGAAUAGAAAAGGCGGUGAAAACAUGGAUAAAAGGCCGAUUACCCCCUCCCUCAACCAGCAUACAGUCAAGGAGAAGACAUACAAUAUCGAAUAUAGAACGCUCGCAGUCGGCAUACACAACCAUCACAAGCUCCACUUGAACAUCCAAAGACCCAAUGACGAGACCAAAGUUCUUUGUGCCCUUCACAUGGAACACACUCCAGAGCGUGGAUGAAGUGUUUGAUGACGUGGACACCGACAACAGCGGAGUUGUCUCGGCGGACGAGCUGUACAAGUCUAUCAAUAAAAUCGUGAAAGAUUUCAGUGAAUCUGAAGCAACGAAGUUGCUCAAGGAGUUUGAUGGAGACAAUGAUGGAAAGCUUACAUAUCGAGUUUAUCAAAUUUCUCGCUGUGCUUCUUGAGCCAGAUGACGAU